AUGGUAUAUUUUGCAACAUCCACUUUUAAAAACUACUUGUUUAAAAUCACAGAGCCAUUUAAAACAACACAAUUAAUUGAUGAAAAAUUAAUUGAGCUUGACUAUGUAGAUGCUUGUGGUAAACAGAAAUCAGCGAAUCAUAUUGAUGACAUUCUAAAACUUACAGCUAAAGGUCAAGAAUAUGUUGAACAAAUUCGAACCAGACUUAAAAAAGAUAAACUAUGCUGGUCAUGGAUUUUGUAUUAUGCUGGUGAUGGAAAAACUUGUCAACAUCAAUGUGGCAGUAUUGGAGAAUGUGUGUUAAAUUGUCCAAAUUACAAUUUAGCUAAUAAUUUAAAAAAUAGAAAUGAUAUGCAUCAUUGUUCAGUUCAGGUUCAUUCUUUUUCGUGGUUAUCAUAUCUUAAUUCAAGUCAUCAGCUUCGAAUUAAAAUUGAAGGAACACAUUACCCUUCUAAUAUGUUAAUUACUAAGACACCACAAGUUACAAGACUUAAUUUAAUGCAUCAAGUUCGGGAUCAAAUUACUAUUAGUCAUCGUGCAGAUCAUCAAUCAGCAAAAACUAUUAAAGGAAAAUUAUUAUAUUCAUUAAAUGGUGCCAAUGAAGAAGAAUUAAGCAAAGCACUAUUAAAUACUAGAGAAAUUUGUGAUAGUAAAAAAUUAAAAAGAUUCAUCAUUUGUGAAGAUAGAAGACUAAAGGAUAAUGCAGGGCUGUGGACAAUCCUUCAUUAUUUGAUUGAAGAAAUUUUAAAACCUAAAGGCUAUAUCUUAUACUAUCAACAACCGGAUUUAUCUAAACCUGAAGUAGUCGAAAAUAACGCAAGACAUGGAACUCCAUUGACAUUUGAUAUAUAUACAAUUGCAUUGGGGUUUAAAAUUGUGGGCUGGUGCCAUACUGAAGAAAAAGCAUUUGAAAUGACAAAUUAUUACAAGAAUUUUUUUAUUGCUCUUCCACUUACUCAAGAACAAAAAACCUUAUUAACUAAGGAUUUAGAUAAUAAUUGGAUGUGUGACGAAUGGAGAUUACAAUUUAUUGAUGCUGGUCAUCUUCCAAUUAAUAAUCAAAAAAAAUUAAUGACUACCAAUAAUUUUACUGAAAGAAUGAACUGUAUGAUUGAAUCUCAAUCAUCUGGAAAACAAACAGUUGUAACAUUCAUUGAACGGUUAUACAGAGUAAAAUUAAUAAGUAAAAAUUUAAAUAAACAAGGAACAGGCCAAAUAACUUAUGAAGCAGGAUUGGUUACACUUUUUAAUGCACAAUUGAUUGAACAGCAAAAUGAACUAUCUAAAAUAAUCUUUGAUAUGAAUCGACGUUUAAAUCAAGGAAGGCUGUAUUUUCUCUUAGGCUUGGUUGAACAAUCCGAUGAUCCUAAUUAUUAUUACAUUAAAAAAUGUCAUGAAUUAGAAAUUAUUGAUUUAUAUUGCAAUGAAGAACUAAUUGAAUUAGAAAAGGAAAAUAUUACUUAUCUUCAACCAAUGAUAGAGCAAUUAACUAAUAAUUUCAGCAUUGCACCACAGUUAAACAAAAAACAAUCAAUAAACAAUGGGUCAUCUCCAAAACUAUUAGCAAAACCACACAAACCUAGCUGUAUUCUUCGUUCAAUCCAACUUCAAGAUAUGGAUUAUGAAAGCCUAUCAUCUUCAGUUCAAAAGAGAACAACAAGUAUAAGAAAGACAAAACAAAAGAUUAAAUGUCAACAUAAUGAAAUGUCUUAUCCAAGUUUCGAAACAACCUCAACUUCAACCUCACAAACUAUUAAUGAACACUUAGUAAUUGUAACACCUGAACCACAAAAUGUGACUCUUCAACAGUCAUCUAACAUGCAUCCUAUUGUUACUUCUCAAUUGCAACCCAUGAUACUUGAAACUUACCAGUCUAUUUCAACUACAAAUCCUCAACUUAUAGGUGACCCAGAAACACUAACAUACAAAUUAGACCUGGCAUGUCAAUAUGUUUUGAAUGUUAUUAAGUGCUAA